AUGGGGCUGCUGACGGAGAACACCCUGACAUCCGUGGCCCUGGCUGUGGCAAUCUUCCUGCUGCUGGUGGACCUGAUGCACAGGCGCUCACGCUGGGCUGCCCGCUACCCGCCAGGUCCCAUACCUCUGCCUGGCGUGGGCAACAUGCUGCAGGUGGACAUCAAGAACAUGCCGUACAGCUUCAGAGAACUGCGGCGCCGCUUCGGGGACGUGUUCAGCCUGCAGCUGGCCUGGACGCCCACGGUCGUGAUCAGCGGGCUGGAGGCCGUGCGCGAGGCGCUGGUGGUCCGCGGCGAGGACACGGCUGACCGCCCACCUUCGCCAGUGGAGGAGUACGUGGUUUUCGGUCCGCGCUCACAAGGCGUGGUCCUAGCGCGUUAUGGACCCGCGUGGCGCGAGCAGAGGCGCUUCUCCGUGUCCACCAUGCGCAACUUCGGCCUGGGCAAGAAGUCACUGGAGCAGUGGGUGACCGAGGAGGCUGCCUGCCUCUGCGCUGUCUUCGCUGCACAGGAAGGACGUCCCUUCGAUCCUAAAGCCCACUUGAACAAAGCAGUUACUAAUGUGAUCUCCUGCCUCACGCAUGGACGCCGCUUUGAGUACGACGACCCAACCCUCCUUAAGAUCUUGGAGACGGUAGAGACUGGACUGAUGGAUAGCUCGAACUUUAUGCGUCAGGUGCUAACCGUGGCCCCCAUCUUCCUGCGCAUCCCGGGCCUGACAGACAAGGUCUUUGCGGCACAGAAGACCUUAAUGGACCUGCUGGACAGACUGGUCACCGAGCACCGGGAGACCCGGGACCGGACCCAGCCGCCCCGGGACCUGACAGAUGCCUUCCUGGACGAGGUGCAGAAGGCCAAAGGGAAUCCUGAGAGCAGCUUCACAGAUGACAACCUUCGCCUGGUGGUGGCCGACCUGUUCGGGGCUGGGAUGGUGACCACUACGAUCACCCUGGCCUGGGCCCUCCUACUCAUGCUCCUACACCCGGAGGUGCAACGCCGUGUCCAGAAGGAGAUUGAUGAGGUGAUUGGACAGGGCCGAGCCCCUGAGAUGGCUGACCAGGCCCGCAUGCCCUACACCACCGCCGUGGUCCAUGAGGUGCAGCGCUUUGGGGACAUAGUACCGCUGGGCCUGCCUCACAUGACUCUCCGUGACACUGAAGUGCAAGGCUUCCUCAUCCCCAAGGGGACAACGAUCAUCACCAACCUGUCAUCAGUGCUGAAGGACGAGACAGUCUGGAAGAAGCCCUUCCGCUUCCACCCAGAACACUUCCUGGACGCCCAGGACCCCUCAGGAUGCCCACCCCAGCGCUGCAUGGCCAGAUGA